AUGGAGCACUACCCCUUGACUGUCUCUUUUGACAAAGCCGCGAGACAUUUAGCAAAGGACUGUAGCGACAUACACUUCAUCACCGUCAUAGCAUGUAGGGAAAGCGAAAGCUGCUUUCGGCUUAUGCCUGUGUGGCCAUUGGCUGGGGCCGCCGAGGAAAACACUACUGAAAGCUCUUGUACAGACGAGCAGGCAGCACAACUUCUCUUGGAACUCAGAUACUCUGAUUCAGUUAAUGGGAGGCGUGACGCUAAUUCAUUCUUGGAGGCUCAGGUGGAGAUGGUCCAACAACAACAUGAACGCCCCCAGACUCCCUUUGGCAACGGCUGGUCAUCUAUUGGCGCAGUUGGUUCGACUGAGGGCGUGAUUGAAAAACCUAGUCUGAGCUCGCCCAUCUGCUUACAACCUCUAGUGAACGCACCUGUUACUCCUUCAGACGAAUGCGCAAACAAAUACACAUCAGGCCACUUGAUGUGGUGCCACAACGCCUCAUCGCGAUUAGCAGAUAUAGUAGGGGUUGCAGCACAGCCUUCUUAUUUGCGCCAGCACUCGAAUGCACGGGCUCAACAUGUCAACGACAUCACCAAAUUGAUUGAUCAAUUUCAACGAGCAUUUUGA